AAGCGAUUCAAUGGUAAUUUCCUUGACAGCCCAAUCUGCGGCCAAAGAUAUCCAGGUUCAGAAAUCUCACAACACGUGAGAGCGCAUGCAGGGGUUUGGAAGCGCAGAAGCAAGGAAGCCAACGACUCACUGUGGCACAAAGAGUAUGCUUAAGAAAAGGGAAGUCGUUGAUGAUCGUUCAUCAAGUUUCGUCUUCAAUCAUAAAGUUCGUGGACCCUGAUAUAUCGUUACAUGCGAUUCACAUUCUCGUGAUCAAGAGUUUGCUUGGUUUACACUAGUCUCGAUUUAGCGAUUCGAGUGAUUGGACGUCACGAACGCGUCUGCCUUCAGACCUGUGAAUCUAGUGACAGUGAGAGCGAUUGUUUAUUUAUUCGCCCGCGGUCAUGCUCCCUUGCAGCAAUGGAGCAUCAACGUUGGGAAAGACACUUCGACGACCGAUAAUGAACACCAUGAACUCUCUCGAGAGUUCCGUGGCCAGCACAGAAUCCAUGAGAUCAACGGUCUCGAGGACAGGAGGGCGAGCAUUAUCCAGUACUACCCGAUCGAGUACUCAUCAUCCUCAACUCAGAACCUGGCAUCCAAACCAUGGCAUUGUCUUUCGAACACUAUCCACCACUUCUCGAACACCGAGUGUUGCUGCUACGGCAGAACUGCGUGAGGACCAUCUAUUACAUUCCAAUGCCGAAGACAAUUAUGUUCUGGCAUCUGCAGAUUUACCGGCGCUGGACAAGGAAGUUAAUCCCACCCCAGCCGUUGCGGAGGACGAGUCGAAGCCAGCAGCCCGCUUGACUGCGGACGAGCUCCAUGAGCAGGCCCUAAACGAUCCUGAGCAAGAUGAGCUCCCCGAGACCUCGACGUCCUACAAAAUGCCGGAAGAGAUAUUUAGAGCUGCAAAGGACGCCUCAGCAGGCUCACCAGAGUCGUUCUGGUCGCAUUCAUUGUACAGAAGUCCGCCUGAUGCCGAGGGGAAAAGAAAGAAGCCUGUAGUCCAUUAUUGCAGGACUAUUCAUACCACCGAGAAAGUCAUCAAGGAUUACUUCAAGGGCAAGACGGUGAUUGGCUUCGACAUCGAGUGGCAGCCAGAAGCUUUCAAGCUUAGCAAGGCUAGAAAGAAUGUCUCCUUGAUUCAACUAGCUUGCGAGGAUAGAAUAGCUCUUUUCCAUCUUGCUCUUUAUCCGAGGAUCGCAGAAACAAGUGACAACAAUUUGGCCGCCCUCGUUGCGCCAUCACUGAAGAAGGUUAUGGAAGAUCCCAAGAUCACGAAAGUUGGGGUAGCCAUUAAAGCAGAUUGUACCCGUCUACGAAAAUAUCUCGACAUACACGCUCAAAACAUUUUUGAACUCAGCCAUCUUCACAAGUUAGUCAAAUUUUCCAAGAACAAGGACUUCGGGUUGAUCAACCGAUCACUUGUUUCGCUCGCAAAACAAAUCCAAGAGCAUCUUCAUUUACCUCUAUUCAAAGGCGAUGAGGUUCGAAGUACAGACUGGAGUCAAAAGCUACAUAUGGCUCAAAUCAUGUAUGCAGCGUCAGACUCAUAUGCCGGUUUCCAACUCUUCCAUACCCUGGAAUUGAAACGCAAAGCUCUGGAUCCAAUACCUCCUUGCCCGUACCCCGCCGAAUUUAACAAAGCAAUUCGACUUGCAGAAGGCGUUGAGAUACCUCCUGAAGAAGACGACCCAAAAGUAACAUCCACCGAUGUCAAAGUGAUUCGUCGGACGAGGAGAUAUGGCAAAAGAGUCCUAGCAGCAGCAGCAGAAGUUGUCAAGGACGAAGAUUUCUCUCCGGCAUCCGAACUUCCGCAUUCAUUUUUUACUUCAAAAUCAGAAAAUCCUCUUUCCGUGGCUUUACAAAAGACCAAUUUAGGUGAUGUGUCCCCUGAGCCUCCAAAUGAUUCCCUACAGCUUCAAAAAGCUGAGAAAGCAUCCAUGCGACAUAUCAGAGCCAAGCAGGGAAAGCUAGGAGAUGUCUCUCACCUACCAUUGUCACCAACCCAGCUCUCGAAAAGAAGCAUCAAGACAUACUACCUCUGGCUCGACAACCCAACUCUGAAACUAGAAGACAUUGGCGCAAUGCUUCGCUCCCCUCCAAUGACAGCUCGCGCUGUAUCGACGAUGAUUCUCGAAGCUAUAACCGCUGAUAAAUUACCAUAUCAGAAGAGCCGAUUGAGAGAAGUCCUGAAAAUACAAGCGAUAUAUACAGAUGGGAAUUAUAUCCCAGAGCAUCGAUACUUUGAACUGGCGAGAGACAGCGGGUACAAUGAACUCAGAGAGCAGGAGUUGGCAACGCAGUAAGAGUGAGGUAUAAAGGUUUACGACGGCGUUUUGGAUCAUGGGGUUUGAAGAUUUUGGGGACAGCAUCACUCACUCAUCGUCUCUAUAUCAACCUGUUGAGGCGCGGUUUAGAAAUACGUUGCAUUGGGAUACAUAGCCCGCAUGAGCACAUAAAAGUAUUCUUGUGUAUAUAGACAGCAAACUCAACUACGCUGCCAUCAAAUAAUCCUUUGAAGUG